AUGGCUACCGGCCUCUUUCUGGUUGGCUUUGGCUUAGGUGCACUCUUUGCUGGCCCGAUUAGCGAGACUGUUGGCCGCAAUCCGGUCUACAUUACGACAUUAGUGUUGUACAUGAUCUUCAUCAUGGCAUCUGCUCUUGCGCCAAUCAUUGGGGCCCAGCUGGCAUUUCGAUUCUUGGCUGGACUCUUUGGUAGCACGCCUCUCACCUGUGCAGGCGGUAGCAUCAGCGAUCUGUGGAAUCCUCUGGAGCGUGUCUUCGCCUUCCCGGUCUUCGCCAAUGCUGCGUCCACGGGACCCUUACUCGGGCCCAUCAUUGGUGGCUAUAUCGCACAAUCGUCGUUGCUAUCGUGGCGGUGGACUGAGUGGAUCACUCUGAUCAUCUCUGGCCUUGUGCUUUUCGCUGUGGUGCUUUUCCAGCCUGAGACGUAUCCGCAGACCUUGCUCAAAUGGAAAGCACAGCAUUUGCGAUCCAUCACUGGAGACGACAGAUAUCGAGCAGCGAUCGAAAUCCGCCAGGAGACACUUUUCGUCCGGCUGCGGCGAGCCCUGUACCGACCAAUCUUUCUCACAGUGCGAGAGCCGAUCAUCAUCCUGCUCGCGUUGUACCUCACAGUCAUCUACAUUGUCCUCUUCACCUUCCUGGACGGCUACACCUACAUCUUCCAGGAAACCUACGGCAUCUCCCAAGGUCUAACCGGAAUCUGCUUCCUCAACAUCGUCGUAGGCCUCUUCGGCGCAUCAGCACUGUACAUCAUCGACAGCUACGAGAGCUUUGCGGCCAGUGCUCUGGCGUCUAUCACGUUGAUUAGGUAUGUGGCGGCGGGUGGGAUGACGGUUGUGGGGGUUCCUUUCUAUGAGAAUUUGGGGGUGCAUUAUACGAUGACGAUUUUGGCGUGUAUUUCGGUGCCGUUGGUGCCGGUGCCGUAUGUGUUUUAUAGGUAUGGGCCAUGGAUUAGGGAGAGGAGUAGGUAUGCGAUUCAGACUACGACUGAGGUGAAGACGGGGAAGCGGCAGAAAGUGUGA